AUUUUUUUCUAUAAAUAAGCAAACACAGCCACUCUUCUUCUUCGUCUCUCCUUCGUGACCUCCUCCUCUCAACCAAUCCUUUCUCCUCCCGAUUCUCACUCCGCAAGACAAAAUGGCCUCCCACAUUGUUGGAUACCCUCGUAUGGGUCCCAAGAGAGAGCUCAAAUUCGCAUUGGAAUCGUUUUGGGAUGGAAAGAGCAGUGCCGAGGAUCUGAAGAAGGUGGCGGCUGAUCUCAGGUCAUCCAUCUGGAAACAGAUGUCUGAUGCUGGGAUCAAGUACAUCCCAAGCAACACCUUUGCUUACUAUGAUCAGGUGCUCGACACCACCGCCAUGCUCGGCGCCGUCCCACCGAGAUACGGAUGGAACGGAGGCGAGAUUGGAUUCGAUGUUUACUUCUCCAUGGCCAGAGGAAAUGCCUCUGUGCCCGCCAUGGAAAUGACCAAGUGGUUUGACACCAACUACCACUACAUCGUGCCAGAGUUGGGUCCUGAGGUCAAAUUCUCUUAUGCAUCCCACAAGGCUGUGGAUGAAUACAAGGAGGCCAAGGCUCUUGGUGUUGAGACCGUCCCUGUUCUCAUUGGCCCUGUCUCUUACUUGCUGCUUUCCAAGCGUGCUAAGGGUGUUGAGAAGACAUUCAACCUUCUCUCUCUUAUCGACAAGAUUCUUCCAAUCUACAAGGAAGUCAUCAGCGAGCUUAAGGGAGCUGGUGCCACCUGGAUUCAGUUUGAUGAGCCUCUUCUUGUCAUGGAUCUUGAGAGUGACAAACUCCAGGCUUUCACUGAUGCCUAUGCUGAACUCGAGUCAACCCUUUCUGGUCUGAAUGUUCUCGUGGAGACUUACUUUGCCGAUAUCCCUGCUGAAGCGUACAAAACCCUUACCUCCUUGAAGGGAGUGACGGCCUUUGGAUUUGAUUUGGUCCGUGGAACCAAGACCCUUGACUUGAUCAAGGCUGGUUUCCCCAAGGGCAAGUAUUUGUUUGCUGGUGUUGUUGAUGGUAGAAACAUCUGGGCCAAUGACCUCGCUGCCUCACUCAGCACCCUUUCGGAGCUCGAGGGCAUUGCUGGCAAAGACAAACUUGUGGUCUCAACUUCCUGCUCUCUCCUCCACACUGCUGUUGACCUUGUUAAUGAGCCUAAGCUUGAUGCUGAAAUCAAGUCAUGGUUGGCCUUUGCUGCCCAGAAGGUUGUUGAAGUUAACGCCUUGGCCAAGUCUUUGGCUGGACAGAAGGAUGAGGCCUUUUUCUCUGCUAAUGCUGCUGCUUUGGCUUCGAGGAGGUCUUCCCCAAGGGUGACCAAUGAGGCUGUUCAGAAGGCUGCUGCUGCUUUGAAGGGCUCUGACCAUCGCCGUGCAACUAACGUCAGUGCUAGGCUAGAUGCUCAGCAGAAGAAGCUCAACCUCCCGAUCCUCCCUACGACUACCAUUGGAUCCUUCCCCCAGACCCUGGAGCUCAGGAGAGUUCGCCGUGAAUACAAGGCGAAGAAGAUCUCUGAGGAGGACUACGUUAAGGCCAUCAAGGAAGAAAUCAAGAAGGUUGUUGAUCUCCAAGAGGAGCUUGACAUUGAUGUCCUGGUUCACGGGGAGCCUGAGAGAAAUGACAUGGUUGAGUACUUUGGAGAGCAAUUGUCUGGUUUUGCCUUCACGGCCAAUGGAUGGGUCCAAUCUUACGGAUCUCGCUGUGUGAAGCCACCAAUCAUCUACGGUGAUGUGAGCCGCCCCAAGCCAAUGACUGUUUUCUGGUCUUCGACGGCUCAGAGCAUGACCUCUCGCCCCAUGAAGGGAAUGCUUACAGGCCCUGUCACCAUUCUCAACUGGUCAUUUGUCAGAAACGACCAGCCCAGACACGAGACCUGCUACCAGAUUGCGUUGGCCAUCAAAGACGAAGUCGAGGAUCUUGAGAAGGGCGGCAUUGGUGUGAUCCAGAUCGACGAGGCUGCCUUGAGAGAGGGACUGCCCCUUAGGAAAUCAGAGCACGCUUUCUACUUAGACUGGGCUGUCCACUCUUUCAGGAUCACCAACGUUGGCGUCCAAGACAGCACCCAGAUCCACACCCACAUGUGCUACUCGAACUUCAACGACAUCAUCCAUUCCAUCAUUGACAUGGAUGCGGAUGUCAUCACGAUCGAGAACUCUCGUUCAGACGAGAAGCUUCUGUCGGUGUUCCGUGAGGGAGUGAAGUACGGAGCUGGUAUCGGCCCGGGUGUAUACGACAUCCACUCUCCGAGAAUACCGUCGACAGAGGAGAUAGCAGACAGGAUCAACAAGAUGCUUGCUGUUCUUGAGCAGAACAUCUUGUGGGUGAACCCCGACUGCGGUCUCAAGACCCGCAAGUACGCAGAGGUGAAGCCAGCGCUCAAGAACAUGGUUGAUGCCGCCAAGCUUAUCCGCUCUCAGCUCGCCAGCCCCAAGUGAAGAUGACUCUCUCUCGCGGUUCGGAUUCUUGUCCGUACGAGGAAUCUGCACGAGGAAUCUUUUCGUGUGUUUGUUUUUAAGAUUUGAAUAACUUUUUUCCCCCAAGAAAUAUUUAGACGUAGCAAUCAUUCCCGUUGAGGGGCAUGCCUUUCUAUUUUCAUCUACACUUUUUUUUUUUGUGAUGCUAUAUGUAUCUUUCUCCAUUUUUCUGCAAUGGAAUGGUGUCUUCUGUUUUUUUUU